AUGAAGGUAUCAGCAAGGAUGUUCCCUUCUGGAGGCUUCAGAGGAGAAUCUGUCUUCUCUCUGCUGGCAGUCCGCUUCUCUGGGAUCAUCCAAGGGGGUCUCCAGGAGGGACACUGCAUCACUGUCAUUGGUGCCGUUUUAGCCUCCAGUGGGACCAGGUUUGCUGUGAACUUUCAGAUUGGCCGCAGUGACAAUGACAUUGCCUUCCACUUCAACCCACGGUUUAAAGAGGGCGGGUACAUGGUCUGCAACACGAAGCAGCAAGGACGCUGGGGGCAGGAGGAGAGGAAGACGCACCUGCCCUUACAGAGGGGGAGUCCUUUUGAGCUCAGCUUCCUGGUGCGGAGGUGGCAUUUCCAGGUGACAGUCAACAGGAGCCUCUUUGUGCAGUACUCACACCGUGUGCCCUUCCACCGCGUGGACACCCUCUCUGUCACCGGCAUUGUGCAGCUGUCCUCCAUCAGCUUCCAGACACAAUCAAUCAUCCACAGGGUGUUGAGCGCCUCUCAGCAGAUGUGCCCGAAUCCCUUAGUCCCACCUCCGGCAUAUCCCAACCCAGCCUACACGCUGCCUUUCUUCACCAGCAUCCCGGGUGGGCUGUACCCCUCCAAGAGCAUCAUCGUCUGGGGCACCGUCCUGCCCAGUGCUCAGAGGUUCCACAUCAACCUGCGCUCUGGGAGUGACAUCGCCUUCCACCUGAACAUUCGUUUCGAUGAGAACGCCGUGGUCCGCAACACGCAGAUCAACGGCUCUUGGGGGCCUGAGGAGCGAAGCCUGUCAGGAAAAAUGCCCUUCACCCAGGGCCAGAGCUUCUCAGUGUGGAUCCUGUGUGAAGGCCACUGCCUCAGGGUGGCCGUGAAUGGUGGGCACCUGUGUGAAUACCACCACCGCCUGAGGAACCUGCCUGCCAUCAAAUACCUGGAGGUGGGGGGCGACAUCCAGCUGAGCCACUUGCAGACAUAGGUGGGAUCCCUGCCCUGGGGACGGGGCUGGGGCAUGUUGCUGUCCAGACUGCUCAUCACCUCCACCUUCCCCGUCCCUGCCCCAGCCAAGCCCUUCCCAGCCUGCCGAGGAUCUCUGCUGGGGAGACCCCGUCCUUGUCUGGCCCUGCUGAGGCUGCAGCCAGCCUGGAGUGGCGAGGGCAGCUGGCUGGGACUGCCUCCCUCGGUUGGGGCGGGACCUGGGGCUCCAGCAGCCCAAGUCCUACCAUCCGAGGAGAGGGGUGGUCCGUGCAGGCUGAAGCCCUGUGGUCAGUCCCCUCGGCAGAAAGGGAGGUCCUGGGCCUUCCCAAGCACCCGGCCCAGGCCUACACCCCAUCUGCCCUUCAACGACAUUCCCACCCCACUCAGCUCCACCUCAGUCUCAGGCCACCAGC